AUGUCUGAGGAUAUAAAGUCUAGAGUCAUGAAUUAUCUUAAUUGUCCAUAUGGAGACAUGCAUGAAGGAGAAUAACUUAACUUUGUUUGUCUUGAAACAACUUGUAAAGAAAUGGGACUCAUCUGUCCUGUUUGUAGAACUUAAAAACAUUCUAAGCAUAAAGUCAUUCCAUUAAAGAUCUUUCUUGCAGAUAUUUAUACUAAUGUUAAUGCUAAGUAAAAUCAAAAUUCAUUGGAAUCCUUACUUGAACAAUUAGAUUAAGUUCGUCUUAAAAUGUUAUCAAGUCUAAAAGAUAUAGUCUAAAAAAUGGUUUUGUAUGAUUUUUAUGUCUUAUCAAUAGACAAAUAAAAUUACUUGAAGAUUAAAUUAACUUAAGUCAUAAGAAUACAAAAUAAAGAUUAUUGGAAUAAAAUCAAACAUAAAUGAAUUUUCCUUAAUUGUUUCAAUAAAUCUUAAAUACACAAUAUAAGAAUGUAGAUUUAUUAAAAUAAGAUGUACGUAAGAUUAUUGAAAAUGUAAGUUAACAAUAACCUGGAAAAAUUGAAAUCGAUUUUAAACCUUAAAAACUGUUUGAUUCCUAUUCAAAAGCAGUAAAAAAUUCUAUAAUUAUCAUUCUAGUCAUAAGAAGCCAUUAAUUAAUUAUAAAUGUUAUUGACAUCAUUUAAAUAAUCAACUUAAAAAAUAUCUAAACCAAUUGAAAAGUUUACUUUGCCAAUUAUUAAUCAUAAUCAAAUUAAUUUCAUAUUUAGUUAAACUAUGAAAUCAACAACAAUUAAUGUACAAGAUUUUAAAAUAGCUACUCAAUCUGUGCAAUAAAAUAUUGAAAAUAGAUUUAUUUUAAUUGAACCUUCUAUUUAAGAUUCAUGUAAAAUUGCUUUUAAAAUUUUACAUUUAACUAAUUUCAUUGGUUUGGGGAUAGCAUUAAAAAAUGUUCUUCAAGGAAAGAAGUACUCUUCAAAUUAAAUAAAUUAGUCUGAGAUUUGAUUAUUAAGCUAUGGGACAUGGCUCAUAUAUGGCAUCAUCUAAUGAUCAUGUAUGGUCACAUAAUAAAAAGGAGGAAAAUAUGAUAUCUAAAUCUUUUCCAUUUGGAACUGGGGAUAUUAUUAUUAUAGAUGUCAAUUUAGAAAAUAAAGUAUUUAUAUUAAAUAUCCAUAUAAUAGAUAGUAAAGUUUAAAAAUAAAAAUUCAUUGAAUGAACCAAUAUCACUAGCAUUUGAUAUUCCAGAAAAUGAUGAAAUUGUUUUUUGUGUUAAUUUGGGUAGUGCAGGAGAAAGGGUAGAAAUUUUAGAUGAUUGGGAGUGA